CGCGCCCUCCAUGGCGCUGUGGGCCGCUCAUCUUUUAGGCCCCUGGCGGUGCCUGCUGCUGUUUUGGUUCCGCUGUAUUGGUUCCCCACUUUCGUCCCGUUGAGAGCUGCCUAACCUUAUCGCGGCUUCCUGCGCUUCUGUUAGUUAGGUCGGCACGUUUCCUCCGCUAUUCAAAUGAAUGUUUCUAGAGGAAAGGAAGGACGUUGCGGGAGGUUACAGCUGUAAUCACUCUAGUCCUUUGCAAAUAGCUCAAGGGGUCUUGUUUAAGAAAUGUAAAAGUCAGUUAAAAUAUAGUACACAUACCAAUCUGGCCAAAGCAUGGAACAAAAUAUAUUUCACAGGCCAGCCAUUCAGCACUUCUCACACAACAGUGGAUCCAAAGGAGAUGAAGAAAUUUCAGCUGUUGGCAUACAAAUGGUGGGAUGAGCAUGGAGAAUAUUCAGCCCUUCAUUCCAUGAAUGAUAUUAGAGUGCCAUUUAUUCGAGAUACUGUUCUAAAUAUGAGAAAUGAUCAUCCUCUGGGAAGCCCUCUUUCUGGUAUGAAGAUCCUGGAUAUUGGAUGUGGUGGUGGACUGUUGACUGAGCCCCUAGGUAGGUUGGGAGCUUCAGUUACUGGCAUUGAUCCUGUGGAAGACAAUAUCAGAACAGCAGAACUACAUAAAUCAUUCGAUCCAGUCUUAGGCAAGAGAAUACAGUAUAAAUCAUGUUCACUAGAAGAUCUUGUGGAAGAGGCUUCGGAAACCUUUGACAGUAUUGUAGCUUCUGAAGUAGUAGAACACGUGGCUGAUGUGGAAAUGUUUGUCAGGUGCUGCAGUAGAGUGUUAAAACCUGAAGGCUCUCUAUUCAUAACUACCAUCAACAAAUCACAGUUGUCUUACCUCUUGGGCAUUGUGGUUGCUGAGAAAGUAUUGGGCAUUGUUCCGGCAGGCACCCAUGAGUGGGAGAAAUUCAUAGCUCCAGAAGAGCUGGAGCGGAUCCUAGAAUCAAAUGGUUUUUUAGUCAAGACAGUAAAAGGAAUGUUGUACAACCCUCUGUUUGGAUCCUGGAGCUGGAUUGGGAGCACUAGCAUUAACUAUGCUCUCCAUGCUGUGAAAUCCACUGCACAGGAACAGUCGGGGCCCAGUGAACCACCUCUGGAAAUAGACAAAGAGCAGCUCCAAACAGAAGCCAGUAUUGGAACUGGUAGUUGAGACAAGCGGGAAGUUGGAAGAUUUGCAUAAACAGCUGUAAUAAUAAACCAGUAAAGAAUGCACAGCCCUGUGUUUAUAGUGCUGGAUGUCAAAAUGUGUCUGCCAGCCCAUUACAAAGCAGUCAUGAGGGUGAAGAAUUGUUCCUUCUUUACAGUGACAAUGAAGAAAGCUCAUUUGAGUUAUCUUGAAUAAGAAGUCAAUUGUGUAUCUACUGAUCAGGUAUUUGGGGAAAGUUAUUGGAAGAGACUAGAUGUCCAUGGACUGUUUUUUUAAAUGAAAUGUAUGCUGCUGGAUGUCUUUAUGGUCUGAAAUAAGUUUUGGAAGUUCUGGCAUAAAAUGCAAUAUUUUAUAUCAGCAAAUGUCACGUUAUUAAAUUCACCAGCUUGUCUAUUUUUAAACCUG